UCUGUUUUUUUUUUCUCUUUUAGAUCCACACGCCGGGAGUGAGGACCGGAGCUCUGCCUUAUCCUUACCUGACUCUGUGUUUCAGCCGCAAGCAGCCGACUGACUCGAACAGCAGGGCUAUAAUGACUUUACUGCACUUGCACCUCUGUGUCACUGGCUUGGUCUUCUGGAUUACGCAGAAAUCCAGCUCCUUGGUGCUGCCCAACGCCACGGAGCUCCUGCAGCCCCCCAGCAGCGCAGCGAGCGGCCCCGUGGCGGGCGUCGGGGUGCCCGGGAGCCGGCGCAGGCGCCACAUCUCCCCCCGGGACAUGAGCGCGAUUCUGGACUACCACAACCGGGUGCGGGCGCAGGUGUCCCCGCCGGCCGCCAACAUGGAGUACAUGGUGUGGGACGAGAGGCUCGCCCGGGCUGCCGAGGCCUGGGCCGCCCGCUGCCUGUGGGACCACGGCCCCCCGCAGCUGAUGAAGCACGUGGGGCAGAACCUCUCCAUCCACUCGGGCAGGUACCGCUCCGCCGUGGAUCUGGUGAAGUCGUGGCACCACGAGAAGCAGCACUACUCCUUCCCCCACCCGGGGGAGUGCAACCCCCGCUGCCCCGCCAAAUGCAGCACCUCCGUGUGCAGCCACUACACGCAGAUGGUGUGGGCGUCCUCCAGCAGGCUGGGCUGCGCCGUCAACACCUGCGCCAACGUCAGGGUGUGGGGCAGCACGUGGCGCCGAGCCGUGCUCCUCGUGUGCAACUACGCCGUCAAGGGCAACUGGAUAGGCGAAGCGCCGUACAAGGUGGGGAGGCCGUGCUCCGCCUGCCCGCCGAGCUACGGCGGGGGCUGCAGCAACAACAUGUGCUUCGCCGGACUCAGAUCCAACCAAGUGAGCUGGUUCUAGGGCUGCAGCACGGUCGCGGCUCCGCAGCGAGGGGAGAAGAGAGAGAGAGAGAGAUGGAGAAGUCCCCAGCGACAAGGGUUGUGGAAAACCAGGAUUGUUUAUAACCCCGGUGCCUCUGAGCUGCUUUUUCAUCCCUUCAGCCCCCUCUGGUCCCCCCCGGGCUGCUGCAGGAGGCUUUAGGCAGCGCGGGCUCUGCGCGCCCCGCGGUUAGUGCAGCCUGCUUCACCCCCGUGGCGGGUAGGGGACGGCCGUGCUGCCGCUUUGUGUCUCCUUCUUUUUAUACCCCUCCGCAGGGAGCAUUGCACUGCCCGGCCGCUGCUGCCUGAGGUGGGGCGGGGGGCCGGGCGCCUGGCUGCCCCCUUGGCUGCCCUGUGGUGCUUCCCCGCGGGCGC